GCGGUGAGCGAGCGUAGUGCGUCUCGGUCUGUGUUGGCGGCUGUUUCUCUGUGCCGAGAGUUCGUGUGGAUGACUGAAAUCGUCGUGCGAAGCCUAUAGUAAUCCGAAGCCGUUUCGGUACCCUCUUCACACAACAAUUGUUAGCGGGACGCCGCCAAAUCAGCUUUCAGGAGACAUCACGUGUUUUUAAGUUCAGCAUAAUGAACGGCAGCGUAAACGGUCACGAUGUCAACGGUGGCGGCGACUUGGCUCCUCCAAAGGGCUCGUGGACCAUUGGGCUCAUCAACUCCAAGUUCCGCUACCUCACCGCAGAGAGUUUUGGCUUCAAGAUCAACGCUAACGGCACCUCCCUUAAAAAGAAGCAGAUCUGGACGCUGGAGCCGAGCAAGGACGCCGGCUCGACCGUGUACCUGCGCUCGCACCUGGGCAAGUACCUGGCCGUGGACUCGUUCGGCAACGUGGCGUGCGACAGCGAGGAGCGCGACCCGGGCACGCAGUUCGUCAUCUCGGUGGCGGACGACGGGUCCGGCCGCUGGGCGCUGCGCAACGUGGCGCGCGGCUACCACCUGGGCGCCUGCGCCGACAAGCUCACCUGCACCGCCAAGGUGCCCGCCGACGCCGAGCUCUGGCUCGUCCACCUCGCCGCCAGGCCGCAGGUGAACCUGCGCUCCGUGGGUCGCAAGAGGUUCGCACACCUGUCCGAGUCCCUGGACGAGAUCCACGUGGACGCGAACGUGCCGUGGGGCGAGGACACGUUGUUCACGCUGGAGUUCCGCGCCGACGAGGGCGGCCGCUACGCGCUGCACACGUGUACCAACCGCUACCUGUCCCGCGAGGGCAAGCUGGUCGAGACGCUCAACCCCAACUGCCUCUUCUCGGCCGAGUACCAUCAGGGCCAGCUGGCGCUGCGAGACUGCACCGGCGCCUACCUCGCACCCAUCGGCUCCAAGGCGGUCCUCAAGUCGCGCUCCAACACCGUCACCAAGGACGAGCUCUUCUCACUGGAGGACUCGCUGCCUCAGGCCUCUUUCGUCGCCGGGCUCAACGCUAGAUACGUCUCCGUCAAGCAAGGUGUAGAUGUAACAGCCAACCAAGAUGAAAUCUCAGACCAUGAGACUUUCCAGCUGGAAUAUGAUGCUGCCACCAAACGCUGGUACAUUCGCACCAUGCAAGAUCGUUACUGGACUUUGGAGACUGGUGGCGGUAUUCAGGCAAGCAGUGACAAAAAGUCCUCUAAUGCGCUUUUUGAUUUAGUAUGGCAAGGAGAUGGAUCAGUUGGCUUCAGAGCUAAUAAUGGUAAAUUCAUUACAACAAAGCGUUCAGGGCACCUCUAUGCCAACAGUGAUGCUGUUGAUGACACUGCUAAAUAUUUCUUUUACCUUAUAAACAGGCCAAUACUUGUCUUGAAAUGUGAGCAAGGUUUUGUUGGCUACAAGAGCAACUCAUCUCCAAAACUAGAAUGCAACAAAGCUUCAUAUGAGACUAUACUGGUUGAACGAAGCGAAAAGGGUGUUGUUUUCUUUAAAGGUCAGAAUGGAAAAUACUGGCAUGUAGAUGGUGAAUCUGUAACUGCUGAUUCAGAUGCACCAGAAGGUUUCUUCAUUGAACUCCGUGAUCCAACACAUGUUUGUAUAAAAAGCACUAGUGGUGAAUACCUUGUUGCUGGCAAAAAUGGAGCAUUUCGUCUUGGGGAAUCAGACUAUGAGAAUGCAACCAAAUGGGAAUACUAGUCACCAACUAUUUUAAUCUGGUGUACUGGGGGAUAUAAAUUUCCCUUAUAUUAACUUAAUGAUUCUUAAGCAAAGGUAUUUAUGUGUUUAUGCAAUAUUGCUACUUGGCUGAUUAGCAUAUUCAAAUUAUUUGUAUUGUGAAGUAUACACCAAAUGUAAGAACUUUUAUAUCAGAUAAAUUGUAUCUGUCACAAUGAUCUGAGGGAUGCACAUGACUUUCCUGGAUAAAAUGUCUGGGAAUAUGUAAUUAGAUUAACAAAUACUACUACUACUAUUGGCAGAAGAUAUUUUUUUCCUUCUCUAGCGUUUUGGAAUGUAGGAAUAAAAUGCAUAACCAUCCAAUGACACACUUCAUGGUAUCUGAGAAAUUGUAGUAAAUUAAACUACCUGGAAAUUUUGGUUGAAAAAAAAUUACCAGCACAAAUAAAAAAAUACAACAUUGUCAUUCACACACACAUUUUUAAAAUUUGAAUAGGAAUAUAUGUUUUAUUUGUCAGUAUUUGCAAGUGGUCAACCCAGGCUAUAAAGUUGUAUUUGGAAGAAAUGCCCUUGCAUAAAGUAGGGAUAUGUGUGUUUAUAAUUCUUGAUGUAAUGCAUAGGGGUUGUAGACCAUUCAUUCAUUCAUUCAUUCAUUGGAUACAGAUCUUAAUUCCAUGUAGCACAAACCACUGACAUUUACUGAAAUUGUGAAGCAUGUUUCACAUAUAACUAUUCACUUAAUGGAGCAGUAGAAUCAUGCAAAAAUAUAUUUGUACACAAAGUAAUGACAGAGUAAAUUUUCACUAUGGGUAUCAAAUGAACACUGCCAUUACCAUUUGUUCCAUAAGAAUGUGUGUAAUGUGUGUUGACGCUAUUAGACUAAACCAGAUUUUCAAUUCUCUGCAGAUGCCACUAAAUACUCCGUGUGUGCUGUGUGCUGGUCAGGUUGAAGUGUGCUAAAUAGUAUCCUUAAAAUUUGACUAUAGUUACAAACAUACAUUACAGGGUAAAUGAUCAGAUUUACAAUGUGCAGAUGAUGACCAAAUUUCUACAGAUCCACAUAUUGUGUGGCUUUUGUGGAAGAAAGCUGUUGAGUAACUAAUGAUUUAUUUCAGGCAUAUAGUGAAAUAGUUGGCAGUUUUUAUAUCAUGUGCUCUAAUUAAAAAGGGCAUUUUUAUACUUUGCACUGUCUUUUAUAUAAGUGUAUUAUGAGAGUAAAUGUUAAAUUGAAACUGUAUAUUAAAAUGUAACAAAGCAUCAAUUUUUAUGGUUUUCCAAAGCCUGUACAUACCCAAAAAACAAUAGUAUGUGUGACUUGCUUAUUAUACUGUCAAGACUUGUGAUUUGAGAAGCAUUGAAGCACUAGCUGUAUUUGAGGGAGAUGAUGGACUUCCUCUGAACUUAUUGGGAUAUAUUUUAUACUUGUGAAAUUUAGUUAUGUCACUGUAGGAUACAGAAAUUUUUAAUUUCUUCUAGUCUUUUAAUUGCAUAUUCACACAGCAGUGUUACAGCUUGACGUGAUGACAACAUAUUGUCUUUGAACAUAAUGUUACCACAAUGACAUGUGCUAACUUAUUUGAAACUGUGUGGAUAUUCAAAAUUUGUUUCAUUAUUUAAAAAGUUUGCAAUUUUGAAAAUGUUAGCAAUUUUAAACUAAUAUUCAUUUGUUUGAGCUAUUUUUCAGUUUAGGGUGUAAAUUAUUUCACAUAUGAAGCACUCUCCCUUUUAAACAGCCUUGCUGUAAGACAUUAAGUGCUAAGUCUUUACAGUAAAAUGUAGAAAAUAUUACUAAAAAUAAAAUAAGGACUGUUAGUAUGUAAGUGAGGCAUCAGCAUUAUGUUAACAACUAAGUAUUAAAUGAUAGUGAUGUAUAUUUACAACAGAAGGGAGUGGAAAAAUUACACAUUACCAGAACAUGCAUUUAAAUAUCAUAAAAGGGCUAAAUAUCACUCUCGGUGAUAAAGCUCCCAUUUCUGUAAUCUUCUGAGAUGUAAGAGUAUGCUUGUACUACUGCAUUCUGAAAUAGCAUUCCAGAUUUGAUACAUUCUAUGUUUUAUUAGCUGUGUGCUAAAUUUAAUCUUUUGACAUGUUCCAAAACAGUAAUGUAAAAUGUGCUUUAUGUACAAGAAAAAUUGACUGUUUAUUUUUCAUUCUUGAAAGACUGUCUUAUUUGACUUGCAUUGUCCCAGAUUCAUAGAAUAUAAAAAGAGACUCCAUGAAAUUACUAUUUUGUUACUGUUGCCAGCAAUAAAUGGGUUUCACUAUGAACUGUUAAUGUCAAAGUUACACAACAAAAAUUAUCUUAAUAUUUCCAUGAAAUAUAUUUGUAAUGUCUUGUCAUAUGGCUUUGAUAUUUAGACGGUGUAGCAGGUAACAACCUACACUGACAGUUUUCCAUCUUAUUUAUUAAUUUGUACUGAAUACCUUUUAUAUCAGUAUAUUUGUCUAAGUAGAUACUGUAUGUUAUUCCUGAUGUAAAGAAAUGACUUAUUUAUCACUGUAAUAUAUUUGUAGCAAAAGAAUACAAAAUGAACGUAUGUUCAAAAUUAAGCUCA